AUGGCGGCAGGAACAUACUAUUUCGUGAUUGUAGGACAUUCAGACAACCCAAUAUUUGAAAUGGAUUUCAUUCCAGUCACCAAAGAACCAAAGAAAGAGGAUAACAGGCAUUUGAAUCAGUUCAUAGCCCAUGCAGCUCUAGAUCUUGUUGAUGAACAUAUGUGGAAAGUUACUAACACUUACCUGAAGUCAGUUGAUAAGUUCAACCAGUGGUUUGUGUCAGCAUUUGUCACCGCUAGUCAGAUGCGCUUUAUAAUGGUCCAUGAUGCCCGUAAUGAAGAUGGCAUUAAGAAUUUCUUCACGGACGUAUACGAGGCGUACAUUAAAUUAAUGCUUAAUCCAUUUUACAAGGAGGACACACUUAUCACACUACCAGCUUUUGAGAAAAAGGUUCAAUUCUUAGGCAAAAAGUAUUUAACAUAG